AUGUCGGCUGUGGUGUGGCUGCGGGCACGUAGCUGUGGAGACCACCUGUCGCCAGAGCGGAGACGGAUCCUGAGGGUGGACCGCCGCAACGCGGACGCGUGGGAGAGCGCCCUCGUGAAGCCGCUGCCGGAGUACCUGGACGAGGACGGCCGGCCCGUCGUCCGCAGCGAGCAGGCCAGCGUCGCCGCCUCUUCGUCUUCGGCGCCCGAGGACGCGCGGAAGGGCCCCCCCGGGGACAGCGCGGACGAGCCCAGGGGCUGCCUCCUGGUCUUCGAGGAGUCGGACGUAGCCAUGAUGGCCGACCUCGCCCGGUCCUACGUCCUGGAGCACUGCUACCGCGGCUCCAGCGCCGUCUUCCUGAGGCUGCUGGAGCCCGUCAUGCACUUCCUGGCCCGCCGCAACCUGGAGACGGCGCGGGGCACCAUCGUGCCCUUCGUGACCUGGUGCUCCAUCGAGUCCGAGUGGUCGGUGACCAUGAGUGGCUACUCCUGGGAGAAGCUGCGCAUGCCGCCCGGCAAGUUCGCGAUGAUGCUGCACCUCUCCCUGGAGUCCGGCGUGUUCCGCACCGUCGGGAUGUUCGUGGCCUUCCCAGACGCCUGGGUGGAGCGCAUCUGCCAGAGGGUCGGCGACCAGGUCCAGAAGUGGGACAUCCGCGAGAUAGACUCGAG